UGUUGCAGGGAUUGAGGCUCGGCUAUGUAGUUGACAGCAGCUGCAGCGGUAGCGGCGGUAGCGACAGUAGCGCUGGGUUAGGUUUAGGUUUGGUUAGCUAGGCUGCCAUGUCGCUGUGAGGUUCGUAAAUGUGGUCAUAUAGUGAUUAACGCGGUGUAUAGUGCGUGUGUAGCGCUGUGUUGGCGGAGGCCGGCUGUGGGAGGGUUGAGGCGGGCGAGGCUGGCUGUGUUUGCGGGCUGUGCGGCUCCGGACGGCGGGCGGGUGGAGGCUGUUUUAGCCUGUAUUUAUUUAUCUGUUUUGUUUAGCUGGUUUAGCGCUAAUAUGGUUAUAAACACUGCGCUCCGCGGAACUGAGCCUUGGGAAAGUAGCUGCUGAGGGUGUGGAGGAAGGGGGUCCGGGGUGGGUAACGUUAGGUAGGUAGCCUAGCUGGUAAUAGUGUUUCUCCGCCUGUUCCUCCCUCUGUAUCUCCGUUCAUCCGUUCCUCGCUCGGGUGGGUGGCUACAGCUACAGCCACACCAGAGAUACAGUUAGCAAGGUGGUGAGGUGCCCACAAAUACACCAUGGGCAACACGACCUCCUGCUGCGUGUCCUCCAGCCCGAAGCUCCGGAGAAAUGCCCACUCCAGGCUGGAGCCCUACCGCCCGGAGCCCGAGCUCAGCCGCGAGGACACGGGCUGCAACCUCCAGCACAUCAGCGACCGGGAGAACAUCGACGAGCUGAACAUGGAGUACAACCCGUCUGACCACCCGCGGGCCAGCACCAUCUUCCUCAGCAAGUCCCAGACAGACGUUGCUCCUCCCAACAAGAAAGUUCGGGAAAAGCGGAAAAGUCUGUACGUCAACCACCAACACCCGUCUGGUCCUAUGAGACGCAAGUACAGCUCCUGCUCGACCAUCUUCCUGGAUGACAGCACAGUUAGCCAGCCCAACCUCAAAUACACCAUUAAAUGUGUUGCUCUUGCAAUCUACUACCACAUAAAGAACAGAGACGUAGAUGGGCGAACGCUGUUAGACAUUUUUGAUGAAAAACUUCAUCCUCUGUCGAAAUCUGAAUUGCCGUCAGAUUAUGAUAAACACGAUCCGGAGCAGAAGCAGAUCUACCGGUUCGUCCGUACCCUCUUCAGUGCAGCUCAGCUAACAGCCGAGUGUGCUAUCGUGACACUGGUGUAUUUAGAGAGGCUGUUAACGUAUGCUGAGAUUGAUAUCUGUCCUGCUAACUGGAAGAGAAUCGUACUGGGAGCGAUCUUACUGGCGUCUAAAGUGUGGGAUGACCAGGCUGUGUGGAAUGUGGACUACUGUCAGAUCCUAAAAGACAUCACCGUGGAGGACAUGAACGAAUUAGAAAGGCAGUUUCUGGAGCUGCUGCAGUUUAACAUCAAUGUGCCGUCGAGUGUGUACGCCAAGUACUACUUUGACCUGCGCUCGCUGUCCGAGGCCAACAACCUCAGCUUCCCUCUGGAGCCUCUGAGCAGGGAUAAGGCCCAGAAACUAGAGGCUAUUUCCAGGCUCUGUGACGACAAGUAUAAAGACUUGAAAAAAGCAACAAAGAAGCGUUCGGUGAGUGCGGACAAUCUGACAGUGGUGCGGUGGUCUCCCGCCAUCAUUUCCUAACAGCAGAGGCAACUGAUGAACUGCACAGCAACAGACAGAGACUGUCCACGAAAGCCUCUUCUUCCUGGGAGGACAAACGUCUGCUUAGAGCUCCACCCCAACCAUGGGGAGGGGGGGAGCUUUUCACUUUCCACAUGUGUCUUUGUUGUUCUGACGGCUACUGUAAAUACAAGACACCAGGACAGGAGAUCUGUUGGACCUGCGGCUGAGAGAGAGAGAGAGAGAGAAAGGGGGGCGGAGAGAACACUGCUGUUUCAUUUCAGCAUCAGAUGGACUCCUAAUGCAUCGUCUCACGUGAGGAAAAGCAUUCCAGCACCUCUCAGCGUGUCUUACGUGAUUGGCAUUCUGGAUUAGAACGCAUUCGGAAACGCAUCGUUUUGUAUGAUUUACACAUUCCUUCCUUUUGUUUAAGAGUCUGCUCAUUUCCUUACAGUCCUCUCUGAAGCACAAUAACAUCUGACCUGACAGCAGCUGGAACGACCCAAAACCAUUGCUCUCCAGCUGUUCACCUGUACAGUCUCUCCAAAGGCAGUUAUUUUGUUUUUAAGCCAAAUGGCUGAGAUGUGAUCAAAGUGUAAACUUACCACUAUAGCUACCUGUAAGCUCAUGUUUCCGUUUCUAAUCUUGGUUUAUUUCAUGCUACACUCUUAAAAAUUCAGGUGCUACAAAGGGUUACUUACGAAAAAAUGUCAACUAAUUAAUAAUUGACACUAAUUAAGACAAUAGUCAUUUCAUUAUUAUUUACAACAUUCUUAAGCAUUACAAAUUAGGAACAUUUAGUGUUAAUUGAUAAUUAGCUGAGGCAUUACUUUGCUGAAACAUUUUACAAUGUUUAUUACGGUUAUAAGUACGGUUAACGUGACCCUUACUAUAAAAUGUUCAUAAGGUUUUAACAUUGAAUUUCAUAUAAGAACUGUCUUUUUGUGGCUUCAUUAAUACAGUUUUUGUAAAUUAGAUGUGACUGCAUAUUCACACCGGAAAGUACAAAACAAAGUCUAAACUAGAUUCAUGUUUUUUUUUUUUUAACACUGUAUACAGUAAAUUUGGUCUACUUAGUUUUGAUCCCGCUGUUUCAACUUUUUUGAUCCAAUCAGAUUUUAUUUUCUUUAGGUCUACAGAGGGCUAAAGGAAAAUCUAGUAAAUAAAUUAAUGACUCUUUAUGGAAUAUAGUAUAGCUUUGCCCCAAAGUCCCUUUAAAGCACCUUUAUUUUGAAGAGUGCGUUUGUCCGUUCUAAGCCAACAGGCAUCCGUUAAAUAGAUGGUUUAUUGUAGACUAUACAUUUAAAACUAUAAAAGGUUCUUUGAGUGAUACUAUAGUGGAUUCCAUAAAGAAUGCUUCCUAUACCCUUAUACAUUAGUGAAAAUAACUUUUACAUCCAUUUUUUAAAACCUAUAAAUUGUUCACAAAGACACUAUCUGGACAAAAAAAAGGGACAUCUGCUAAUUCUGUUUCUUUUAAAAACAAGAGGAUUAAAAAGGCUAGUGGCAUCUCGCAAAUAACCCUUUGUAGUACCUUUAUUUUUAAGGGUGCAGUUGCUCUUUUAAUUAUCCUAGUAGCAUCCAUUUAAUACACUUUAUGAUUAGGUUAUGAUGUUGGUCAUAGAGAGGAAAUUUUGACAGUGUAAACAUGAUAUUUAUGCUCUGUUUCCUGGUAAUGUAAUGCGCUAUGAGAGAAAAUGAAGAAUAUGAAAUUUUAUAAAACAUAUAUUAUUAAAAUUACCCACAGAGGCAUUUAAAUGCCCCACACUUGUGAUGAAGCUUCCUGUCCUGUUUGAAACCUUGUAAAGCCACAGACCCCAACACAAUAGAGCAAGUGCAUUCUACAGCCAGCCAUUCUCAAGUCAGGAGUUGCAGAUAGAUUAAUAAAUAAAUAGUGGGUUACUUACUUUGAAGCCGAAACAGACAGUCCAUCCUGGAUGGUCAUUAUGUAGUAAAGCCUUUAAAAUAAAGAAAGAAAGAAAGAUGGGGAGGAGACACUGAUAUGAGACUCUCUUUUAAAAAAUAUUUUAUGUAGGUUUUUCUCCUAUUUAAAAAUUGGGGCAGAGAAAUAUUCCUUUGCCCUCGUUCCAAAUUUGGCCUCUCCUACUGAGCAAUACACGGACAGCUGUGUGUCCACUGCAUUACAGCAGUCUUACUUACACUACCAUUGAAAUGUUUGGAACAAUUACUCAAAAGGCAUUAAGCAACCUUAAGAAUAAUCCUGACAAGAUUAUAUACAUUUUUUUUCCUUUUUUGUUUCCAAAGUUUGUGAUUAAUGAAGCAAUAGAAAUGCUCCAAAAUGACAAAUUAUACAUCAUGUAUCUUUGCUGUCAACAAAAAUAUCCACAUCUCAGCUUUACAGGAACAAGAAAACACCUUCUAAUUAUACUUCUGUGUCGAGUUAACACACAGUCUACAGUCUAUACUAUUACAUUUUGAAGCAUUUCUAUUGUUCCAUUUUGACACAAUAAAAAGAACUCAGAUUCAACUUUUGCAAAAAAUAAAAUAUUUUUAUGCAACAGUAUAUAUAAAAAACAAUUUAUGUAAAAUGCAUUUGUUUAUUUUAAUCUUUAGAAUUUGUUUACUUACUUUAACUUGGAAAUAUAACAGCUGGGGGUUACUUGGCAAACAGUUUGAUGGUAGUGUAAAAUGCACUUGUGAGUAGCUGCUGGCAAAAUAUUUAAAGUUAACUCAAUUUUAAAAUGAUAAAUGUAGAUCUAUUUUUCUAUUAAUACCAAAAUAUGUGUAACAUUAGCCUGCUCAUGCUCCACCCACAAGUGCUGGAAUAAACUGUAGUGUGGAUCUUUGAGAACAGCAGCAACUAAACAAUUUAGAUAGCAUAAUUUUAAAUACAGGCUGGUUGUUAAUCAGAAGUUAUAUCUGUAUUAGGAUCUUACCUCUUACACACACAUAAAAUAAUAAAAUAAAUAUGCACUGGCAUGCCACGUCAGUGGAACCUCUUGCAUUAAAUGUUUAUAUGAUUACUUGUCAAUUGGACAAUUCUAUCCAGACACCGCUAGUCACAAUCAUUACCACCCACUGUACUGUCUACUGUGGGUGGUAAUGUUUUCUAUGGUGUAUUCCCAGUACAGAUGUGACACUGGAUUUAGAAAUGAUAAAUACCUUCAAAAAUGGAAUGUCCCAUCAAUCAUGCACUCACUAUCAGGCCAUAAUUUGUGUGUUCAGUGUUCAAAAUUACUCAAAGGAUAACAUCUUUCCAAACUCUCCCCUGAGGUAACAUCUGGCUUGUUUAGCUUUAAUAACAUUGUACAUUGGCGUUGUUGGACUAAAAACCCUCUCUAUCUCCAUUUUUGCCAUCAUGUACAAAAUAAAUAGCAACUGGCAGUUAUUUAUUUUGUAUGAGAAUUCCAUGAUAAAUAGAACAAUAGAAGCAAUUAUUUUUAAACUGGGUUUCUUUUUAAGAAAGUUUCUUUCAAAAGUUGCCAUUUUGGAGUAACAAUAGUAAUAUUAAAAUAUUCCUUAAAUAUUUUUCUUGCCCAAUCUAGGAUCACUUAAAAAUGUUUAUUUGACAUGUUACUGAUACUAAUGUCAGUACAGUUUGGUGUUGGGGCUUAAACUGACCUGUUAAUCUUCUGUAGAAGCGCAGCAUUGGAAACUGGACCUGUAAAGAGGAAUUAAGAGGUUACUGCAAUGUUCACUGCCAUUUAUUCCACCUGGUGCCUGGUUAAUGCUCAUUUAAGUUGCUAGAACAAGGCCUUAGAUUACAGUUUUACCCAUCACACUCUAAACAAAUCUAACAAAAAAAACUCAACUUAAUUAACAGCUUAAGCAGCAUAGUGCUGUAUGUUUAAGCUCUAAAUACAUCCAUUAUUGUAACAUUCGUCCAAAUAGCUGAUCUUCCAUUUGGAUAGUGUAAAAGUGUCAUUUUGAAAGUAUUUAUUUAAUAAUGCUCUUUAUCUGCAAAUGAGAGACUGGUCAUUUUUAUUCUCCUUCUUUUUCAUCAGUGGGAAGCUAAAACUUCAAGCUCAGAAAGCAUUAAAAAUAAAGACUUAACUUUUUGAAAGUGAAUUUUGUACAGUGUAUAUACUGUGUUCAGAAUGAUCAUAGUUUAAAUAUGUUGAAAUAUUUAUGAGUGAUCAGUAUUCACGUUCAAUCAUCUCUGAAUCUCUUAAUUGGGGCUAAGGGGGUAGGUGGUAGAAGAAUCUGGAGGUGAAGAUAAAAGAUGGAGUUAGAAUAUCAGAUACAGUUGCGAUAAUUAGAGAUACUGAGGAAGAGAGAUAAGGUUUUAAUAAGACGAGUUUUGCAGUGUCUAAAAAGUGUUAUUUUUUUUUAAGAGCUGUCAUUCAUUCAGGAAGUGUCUGCCAUUGCUUUUGGCCAAUUACUACUGUCAUUAUUUUUAUUUUUCCACUGUGUUUAACUCCCGAAGUCAGGCCAAUCUAUGCUUUCAGCAUGCUCGCCAUGAGCCAUGUUGCUGAAAGCAAACCCUCACAGCAGUGGGUUCACAUUAAUGGAGCCUGUUCUUUCAAUUUAGGGACAGAAGCACUGCUUUGUCUUUUUUUUUUUUUAAGUUACAUCAUCGAUAACUAAACAAACAAAAAGAAAAAAGCAAUUCUAGAUACUUUUCUUUGUCAAUGAGGACAAAAUUGUUUGGUAUUAUGUUUCUCUUAUUGUAAUUAUUGAUUCAAAAUUGUACUUUUUCUUCUGUGUAAUUCACUUCCACCAUAAAUACCACCCUCAAAGUCAUGUAUUUUUUUACAUGUAUUUGUAUGUACUGGACUGUAGUUUGGCCUUUUGUGUGGUGCAUGCCGUCUGGAGCCUGCACUAGCAAUCAGUAAAUAUAAAUACAUUGAAUACACUGAUUGAUUUGAACCUUGUUGAAAAUGCUGCAUAGUGAAAUGCCAUAUAGACUUGAUUAUGGACGAAGUCUAGUCUGCUAACUCAGUUUCGACAAAAGCAGAGGUUUGUGUGAAAAAAGAGACUGGGUUUUAGUGGAAUCUUAGGCUGUGUUCAGACUGCCAGACAAAACCCAAUCUAGUUAUGUUGUAUCCAGAUUAAUUUUUUAUAGUCUGGACAGCCAGAAACAACAUGACUUUUUUUGUAAAUGUGAUCCAAGCCUCAUUUGAAAAGUAAGUACAACUAGAAUUUCAACAUGGCUUUCUGUUGUGUUACAAUUCAACAAACAAUCUGACAAAAUUACCUCCUUAAAUCCAGAGUGACGGAAGUGUGGUGGUGCAAGAAGAGCAGCAAAAGUUCAAUUAGAUACAUUUGUGAUUUCUGGACACCUAAAUCCGAUUUCCAUACAGUCUGAACAUAGCCUUAGUGGAUUUUUUUUUGGAUGGUGGCGCUGUGCUUUUAAGGCUCUUUGCACUUUGUUUUGGAUUGGCUGAGAACAGAUAGGUGGAGAAAGUCGAGUGGAGAAGUAUUCAAAGAUUGUAUUAUUCUAUUUAUUGUACGCAAGCGCGCAAGUGUGUAAGGUGUUUGGAGGCUGGAGUGACUUCAGGAGGCAGUGAGCUGGUGAGGGUUGUGUUAGCCUUGCACUGAACUCUACCUCUGCAUAGAGUUUUCUUUUAUUUUCUUAAAUGUAACCCCUCUAUCUCUUACUCUUCCUGUCGUUUUCUUCUCUUUCCGUCUCUAUCAACCCUCUCUACUGGCGAUUUAUUUAUCUAAGAUUUUCUGUUUCAACUUCUGAAUUUCUAGAUUUGAAUCUGUGUCUUUCUACUCUUGGUGGUUUCCUGUGCUAACUAAAGACAAUUGGAUAAACUGCUGUAGUUGUGAUACAUUAUUAUUAUUUUUUUUAUUUCUCUGUUUAAUGUUUAGUCUUGCAUCUUAAAACAACUCUGUUACUGUUGUCAAUCUUGUUUUUAUUUUAUUUCUUUUUCUAAACUUUUACUGUUCUGAAGGUUAGCCCUCAGUAUGUGCCCGCUGUGUGCCAAGCGUUGAGCCUUGUGUUUCCGCUCGGAUCUCUUAGUUCACUGUAUUUUCUGUCUGUUUAGCAAAGUGAACCCAGCUCCUGCGGCGGACUCGCCGUGCCUGGAGGCUCGAAAGGCCGCAUGCAGUUUCUUACUCUCUGAACCUAUGAUUUUAACCAGUGCUCCCAGUUCAAAAAGCAAUGUUUAGAAACUGGCACAAGAAAUAAACUUUGAAAAGUUGCAAUAAAA